AUGGUUGCUCAAUCUUGUAAAGAGAUUACUGAUGCCUCUAAUAGACACCACACUCAGAUUGAUAACAUCCAACUCCAACUUAAUUCGACGCUUACUAAAGAAGAAUUCGAAAGCAGGAUGAAAGCUAAUUUUGAAGCUCAGCUUUCCAUUUUGACUCAAACGAUUAAAUCUGAGAUGGGAAAUCUUCAUUCAAGCAAAAAUUUGGAACAUGUUGACCAUAGUGGAACUACUGGUGCUCAGUUUGUUCCUCUUGCUGAUGAUGAUGGACAUCACCCCCAAUCUUAUACUAGUAGCAGAGAUUUUCACCAUCGUCCUCCACGAAUGUAUUUUCCCCGUUUUGAUGGUGACAACCCCAAGAGCUGGAUUCAUAAAUGUGAAUAUUACUUCAAGAUGCAGGUUGUGCCAGAAUUCAACAAGGUAGGGAUCGCGGCCAUACAUCUUGAUGGCAAGGCAGGUAAAUGGUUUGAGAAUUUUCGUUUGAAUAAACACCACAUCUCAUGGCCAGAUCUAGCUGAAAGUAUUUGCUCGCGUUUUGAAAACCCUGCUCAUGAUAAUAUAGUUGGUAUCUUUAACAAACUAGCUCAGCUGACCACUGUCGAAGCUUAUUUUGAAGAAUUUGAGUAUUAUAAGGCAUUACUACUCAGUGUUAAUAAAGAUUUUCCGGAAUCUUACUUUAUUGCUAGUUUCAUUGGUGGCUUAAAAGAGGAAUUGAGGAAUUCCGUGCUCAUGUUCGAUCCUAAAACACUCAUGAAUGCUUUUUCACUAGUUAGGAUGCAAGAACAAACAUUACUUAUCCAACAUAGAGUACCUAAACCUACCCCAAAGCCUUUUUCUACCUCUUUCACUACCUCCAGACCAUUUCCACCACCAAUGGUUACUCCUAAAUCCACUUAUACACCUUCUCCUUCAUCAGUCCCACAACCAACUGCAAAGCCUGCCCAAUCCUUGCCUUUCAAAAAUCUUACUUAUGAGCAGGUGCAGGAAAGAAAAGCUCAAGGACUAUGUUUCAACUGUGAUGAAACUUACAAAAGGGGUCAUAUGUGUAAAAAACAAUACUUAUGUGUCUUAAUUGGAGAGGAGGCUGAAGAAAUAUCGGAUUCUGGAUUGGACACAGAGCAUGGGACUGAUGAGGAACCAUUGGUGGAGAGUGACAUGGAAAUAUCCCUAAAUGCACUUACAGGCACCACCUCAGCUGAUACAAUAAGGAUUCCUGGUUUUGUCAAGAAUAAAGGCAUUUCAAUUUUGAUUGAUACAUGCAGUACAUAUAGCUUCAUUGACUCUACCUUGUCCAAAAGCUUACAAUAUUCCAUUGAACACACUGCUAGCCUCAUAGUCACUGUGGCCAAUGGGGAAAAAACUACCUUUACCCUUGGGGGAUGUGAUAUUGUGUUGGGUGCUGAUUGGAUGAGGAAUUUGGGAGAUGCCUUAUUCAACCUUGCCAAGUUUUGCAUCACCUUCAAAUAUAAGGGUAAGAAGAUCACAUUACAGGGUUCAGCUCCCAAACCAUCCUUACACAUGAUGAGUGGCUCUGCAUUAAAAAGGUUCUUUCAAAAACACUCUCAUGGAGUGGUUGGUCAGCUAUUCUCUAUUUCUACCACCUCUGUUCCAUCCCAACCACCUCAGCCAGUUGCCUGUUUUCUAGAUCAUUUUCCUGAUGUCUUCUUUGAGCCAAAUUCCUUUCCACCACAGAGAGAUUUGGACCAAAAAAUCCCUUUACAACCCAACUCAGUGCCUGUUAACUUGAGACCCUAUAAAUUUCCCUAUAUUCAAAAGUCUGUGGUGGAGAAACUGGUCCAAGUCAUGAUACUUUCUGGAAUUAUUCAACCUAGUAACAGCCCAUUUGCCUCUCCAAUUUUACUUGUCAAGAAAAAGGAAAACUCUUGGAGGUUCUGUGUUGAUUAUAGAAACCUGAAAAUCAUUAAUAUCAAAGACAAAUUUCCCAUUCCAGUGAUUGAUGAACUCUUGGAUGAAUUACAUGGCUCCAAAUUCUUCACCAAGAUUGACCUGAAGUAUGGGUAUCACCAGAUAAGAGUAUACCCUUCUGAUAUCCACAAGACUGCUUUCAGAACCCAUCAUGGCCAUUUUGAGUUCAAGGUGAUGCCAUUUGGCCUUAAAAAUGCUUCAGCCACAUUUCAGGCCAUCAUGAAUAAGAUUUUUCAACCUCAUCUUAGAAAGUUUAUUCUGGUCUUCUUUGAUGACAUUCUGAUCUACAGUCUUACAUUGGAGGAUCAUGUUCUGCAUUUACAAACUACCUUAUAA